AUUUCAGAUUUGCAUAUCCACUUCCACUCCUCCCUCAUUUGCAUACAGCAAGAAUGGCGAGCGGGCAUCCCACAGACAAAUUCAGUUUCAUGUAUCAACCAGACACGCACAAGAGUAAGAACAGGUUAUCUUCAGCCAUGAAUCCAGUCUACAGCCCAGUCCAGCCUGGAACUCCAUAUGGAAACCCCAAGAACAUGGCCUUCACAGGAUAUACUCAAGCAGGAACUCCGUACAAAGUGCCACCCACUCAGUCAAAUGGAGCACCUCCUCCCUAUACCCCCACUCCUACCCCAUAUCCCACAGCCAUGUACCCCAUCCGCAGUGCCUACCCUCAGCAGAACAUUUAUGCACAGGGAGCAUAUUAUACCCAGCCCGUGUAUGCGGCCCAGCCACAUGUGAUCCAUCACACCACCGUGGUGCAGCCUAACAGCAUUCCCUCCACAGCCCUGUACCCUGCCCCGGUCCCCGUCCCCGCGCCACGCAACAACGGCAUGGCUGCCAUGGGGAUGGUAGCUGGGACGACCAUGGCCAUGAGCGCGGGAACUUUGUUGACGACGCCCCAGCACCCCCCCAUGGGAGCACACCCAGUUACUGUGCCAACCUACAGGCCCCAGGGGACACCUGGUUACAGCUACGUACCGCCUCACUGGUAGAGCCCCACCCAUCAUAUCUGGAGUCCACCAUCGUAUGCAACUGCUCAAAUCUUACACGAGCUCCCAGCGGUAACCAUGGGAACUCGGCACCUGUCUGCAAGAACAAAACUAAAGUGCAACAGCCACUUUACCUUUAUAAUUAUUAUUAUUAUUAUUAUU